CGAGUCGCUCGACAACAGCACGGGGAUCCUGCGCGUCUGGUUCCUGCUGCUGGAGGGGCUGGCGGGAGCCGCCGUGACGUGCCCGCGCGCCUACCAGCCGCACACGCUAGAGCUGCUGUUCAGCCUGCUGCAGGAAUCCGCAGAAGUACCAGGAGUGACGUUUGCCGUCUACUGCGUCAACCACCUGCUGCUGCCGAUGCUGCAAGGAUGGAUGCGGCGGAACUCGCAGGUGAACGGAUUCUGGGAGAGCUCGGUGACGACAAACUUCAAGCAGAGCUUCGGCAUGUGUUCCGACAUCGUCAUGAAGUUCGUGACGACGUACACGGCACCCUCCACAGAGGUGAGCAUCACCUUCAUGCUCAGACAACUGCUGGAUGUGGCCAUCGAGUGUGUGGCGCAGCCUGCAGAGUCCAUCUCUAGACUGGGCUGCCUCUCGCAGCAGGUGAGUGCGGUCGCCAUGGUAACGCUGUGCAAGCUCUCGCAGCAGGUGAGUGCGGUCGCCAUGGUAACGCCGAGCGCGCUCUGCAAGCUCUCGCAGCAGGUGAGUGCGGUCGCCAUGGUAACGCCGAGCGCGCUCUGCAAGCUCUCGCAGCAGGUGUUUCAGCUGGACGUGCAGCGGCUGAUGCAGGGUAGGACGGACGACAUGGACGACAGCCGCUCUUACAUCUUCCUGCUCUACCCGCCCGAUGCGGAGAACCUGCUCAACGUAGAGAAAUUCAUCGUCAGGGUGCCUUUUAGAAACAUUGUUGUCGGUCUACUGUCCCAUCAGAUCCUUCUGCAGACGUCGGUUUGCAUUCUCCUCCAGGGGACGCCACGUGUCACCCCCGCCGUGGCCGGAGUCCAGGCAGCUUUCGGAGCAGUAGAAACUGACGAGGAGCACAAAGGACCGGGGAUGCUGCGACGGUGCAGGGCGGCGGCGUCCGACCUGCUGCUGGAGUGUCUGCGCGAGGUCCCACCGCACGGCCGAGAGACUUCGACGCGCGCCCAGGACUCAACGGCAGCCACUCCCGCGCCCAGACCGCAUAUCGGACAGACCGCUGUUCUUCCCUCAUCGCACGCGCCGGACGAGCUUCCCUGGUCGGAGCAGCCAAAGAUGCGUCGUCAUAGCAGCGCGGGAAGCGAGAAGACAGAGUACGCGGCGGCCCCCAGCACCACCACUGCCAACCCCCUGCAGUACCACCAUCAGCAGCCGCAGCAGCCACAGCAGCAGCAGCAGGAGUACCACCACCAGGAAAACAUCCAAGCUGUCCCACCAUCCCCCGUCUCGCCUUGUCCCUCGGUAGAGCCAACUAGCAGGCAUGACGAUUCUAAAGUGUACAAUGUGACGACGAGAAAGGAAAUCCACUCUCUGCUGAGUGAGUACAAGAAACGAAAACAGCAACGCUCCAUGCCCGGCAAGAGCAGGAAGGACCGGAUCGCAAAGUUUCUGCCGAAGAAAACGCAUCCGAAGUCGGACGAUCCCAUACUGAACGAAGUGGAAAAGCAACAGCAGUCAUCCAUACUGAAGGAUGGAGAAGCACACAUGCAGUCAUGGACGGAAAUGGUGUUGACCUUGUUCCAUUUGCUGCAACAACUCGAAGACGAUCAGUUUAAGAUGUAUUUACCACUUGUUUUUAAUGGCAUUGACCAGCUAGUCUGCCAUGCAACAGACGUAUGCGUCAAGGAAGCGCUGUCACAGUGGCUCCAUCGUGUAGGUAAAUUAUACUCACUGGUGGAAAACCCUGAAGAGAAUGUGCAGGCUGUUGCAAAGUAGCUCUGGUUAUGGCAACAGCUAACGUAAUGCUAACAGCCUUGUUAUAACAUUCCUAUCGGAUUCCGAAACUACAUUAGAGUAUUAACCAUGACCCUAUUUUUCUCCUGCUGAUUCAGUCUUGCCACACAGAUGGCUGGCCGGUUGGAUGUUGAUGUGGGUAUAUACAUGAAAAAAAUUAUUAUAUUAGAGCCAAUGUUAAUGGUAUCAAUGGACAAAAAUUGGAUCGAUUUAUUUCUCGAACGAAUACCUGUUAUGUAUCAGAAUUAGUGGAGGUUUUUAACAGUUAUUAUACCUGCUGUUUAAAUGUGAAUAAAAUUAAAAAGCCAAUUAAAAAUCCGACUAGCUGUUAAAGCGAUUGCGAUCCGGAUUGGUAUUUAUUGCUAUAUGUUACAAUGCUUUACGUGUCAAACAUUCAGUGUAAUAUGUAGUCUAUUCUAUAUAAGUAUUGUUUUGUUAUCCAUCACAUAAAAGUUUUUGAAUUCUAUUUACAUCCAUUAUAUUCUAAGCUGAAUGAAUUUUAUUGUGAACCUGAUAAGAGGACCUGCAGACCAAAGAGUAAUUGGCUUCUUUCUAUAAAAUGGCAUGUAUCUAUAUAUUACAGGAAGCAUGAUAAAUUUGGCAAUGGAGCUUGGUUGUACACUGUAUUUAUUUACGUUCUAUUUUCGUUAAAAUUGAACAGUUUAUUUAUAUUCUUUUAUUAUAUUAUGAGGACCAAAGAAACUGACUGAUAACGUUUAAUUGCACCUAGUAUGAUAUUUAUGUCACAAUACAACCCCAAAGCUAGUACAUUAUGUUCCGGGUAUGCUUAGACAGAUAGUACAUUGAUUCGGAUACGUAUUAGCUCGAGGAAGAGAAGAGAAGACAUAAAACUAGCGUUCGAGUUCACUUUCAAUUAUAGUGUAUACUGGCUGAACAGUAGGUAUGUAGUGCUAUAUUUGAAUUUGUACUUGUACAGAUUUGGGUAGUAUUCUUAUUUAUUACCAAUAAAUAUCUUAUAUUUAUGUAUAUACAACUAUAUUUUGAACCUAUAUAAUAAAUAGUAUACAUAAGUUCAUCCCUACAUAAUACCCCCACGAUCAAAUUAAUACACAUACACAAUUGUUGGUCAUCAAACUGUCAUAUUAGGUCAAUUAAUUAUCUUUUUCAUUUCAGUACAGUUUACAGUGCAUGCAAUAUACAUGACAUAGUGAUAUACUGGACAUUUAAUUUUCCCCAGUUGUGUUCUUGAAUUUGUGUUUAUAUUGUGUUUUGUGUUUAUAUUGAAAUUAACGGCGAGCGUUUUUAAAUCAUUAAAUUUAUGUAAUAAUUUGUUAAUCUGUCCAAAAACUUUAUUAGUUUAUUUCUAUCUAAGCGAUGAACAGAGAGGAACACGCGCAGGGGGUGCUGUACCCAUAACCCUUGCUUAGUGUUGAAAUUCAUACGUCGGGGAUUUGUGAGAUGUUGGUGCAAGGGAAAACUUCAAAUCUAGUCACAUUAUUACUCCUCAUAUAUGUAAUGUAUUACAUAAGUAUUGUGAUGGUCUUUGAUGUUAAUAAAAACGAAUGAGAUCAGUAUUUCCAGCAA